GCGACGCGUGGCAGGCGCGCGAAAGUGUUGAAGCUAACGCUUAAUCGAUCUCGCUAAAAAGAUAUAGAACAGCGCGCAGAUAUACACGUCGUCGCUUGUGUUUCCGACCGUGUGCGAUCUGUUAUUACGCGUGCGGAAAUGCGAAACGCGCAAAACUCAAAGUAGCUGGAAGAACGGACAUUACGUAAACGGAAUGUUAAUCGGAAGAGGAUUUAUCAUUAAAAAAAAAUUUGUGAUCGUUGACAACGAUCGCGUUAAUUUUGUUCGGUUCAUCGUCGACGAGAUCGAUCGAAGAAUCGGAAUUAAAAAUUCAAUAGGCUGGAGAAAAAUCGAAAAAUGGUUUACACUAAGGAGCACAAGUGUAUACUGCAGGCUGUUAUGCACGAAGGUGCUUUACAUGAGGAUGAAAUAAGAGAAUUGGUUAUUAGGUUAUUUGAUCACAAUAAUAUAAAGAAAGUAUUAAGCGAGAUAAAUGCAAAGUUACAGCCAUUGUACAUGACCAUAAAAUGUACAACCUGUGAAAUUACCGGUCAAUCGUAUUGGAUUUUUACAAGUACGAUACAAGACAAAACUGCCAGUUUCCAUCCUGAAUUCUCACAAGCAGAACUGGCUCUCUUGCGCAAUGUAUAUUCUGAAAUUGUUACUUCAAACAAUGGUUGUAUCUCGAGUACAUUCUGCUUAAACUUAUGUUCAUCAUUAAAUAUGAAACUGACAAAAGCUGACGCUGAUAAGUUUUUACAUGAAAUGGUCAACAGAAAAUGGUUGUACUGCAAGGAUGGCAAAUACUACAUGGGAGUAAGGAGCAUUGCGGAGCUACUGCAGUAUUUUAAAGAUACCUAUGAGGACAAUAUUCAAAUUUGUACUCUAUGCAAGCAGGAACUUUUUUAUGGGGAGAAAUGUAAUAAAUGUAAUACUAUAACACACAUUUACUGCUUGGAAAAUUACUCAAGAAAUCGUGGUGUAGGAUGUCCCAAUUGUCAUCAUCUUAUGCCAGGGCAAGCUCAUUCUAGUGACGAUAGUGAUUGUGUCAUGGAAAUCGAUGCGUCAUAGAAAAAAACAAAUGAGAUAACAAUUUAACCAAA